CCUUGCGCAAAUAAUAGAACCAGGGUUGGUGUAUAUAUCUUGACGCUGGACCUUUUGACCCCCGUUCUCAUCAAACCCCCACCCGUGUAAUGUCCAAGCAGUCAACCGACGAUCUUGUCGACCUCACAGAGCGUAUCACGCGCACCUGUACUUUUUGUUUUACUGGAGGUGGGUUUGGUGACAUCUGGCGCUGCACGCUACAAACCGGUGCGACAUAUGAUGAGGUUGCAGUCAAAGCGAUCAGAUUUCAAUCUGUAGAAGUCGGUCCAUCACAGGAAAAGGCGCUUCGACGUGAACUGGGAACAUGGAAGAGACUCAAGCAUACAAAUAUCUUGCCACUACUUGGCAUAGCAACAGGUUUUAGCCCCUUCAUAUCUAUGGUCUCACCCUGGUGCGAACAUGGUUCGCUAGCAGUUUAUCUCAAUAAAUACGAGAGUAUUACUCUGUCUGAUCGCCUCCGCCUACUUCAAGACGUUGCAUCAGGUCUCCAUUAUCUACAUCAUGAUGGUAUCCCGGUGGUUCACGGUGACUUGACUCCAAACAACGUACUCCUGAACGACGACAAGAGGGCUGUCCUCACAGACUUUGGCUUAUCGUCCGUGCUCGGGGAUAUCACGGGCUUUUCAUAUCUUCAAUGGUCUUGUGCUCAACCAGGAGUAAUUCGAUACAGCGCCCCCGAGCUUCUGAGGGACCCUGACGCACCUGUCCAACCAGACAUCCGAAGUGAUAUCUACUCAUUUGGCUGUCUCGCGCUUAAAGUCCUUUCGGGAAAUGAACCUUGGGCUGAUGUCAAACACUGGAGAACCAUCCUCAUCAAAGUGGCAGAUGGACAUUCACAACAGAGGCCUACCUGCAGUCCAGUUUUGGAUGUACACUGGCAACUAAUACAACGAUGUUUCUUGCAACCUGGUGCUCGACCAUCUACCCAUCACAUUCUGAAAAUCCUUGAAGAAUUACAGUCGGAAGGUAUUCGUCAAAUUGUGUCCUCGAUAGUCGACUAACGCAAUUUCUGGAGAUCAAAAAGUCUCGCCUGUGAAUCGAUCGAUCGACUUCAAUCGAGAUAGACCUACGGAAUCUUCCAAGUACAAAGCAUGUAAUCUCUC